AAAUCCUCCAAUGAAGUGAGGAGAAUUUUACAGUUUUGUAUUUAACUGGCGCGUGAGGAGUUGACGUUAAGUGUUCUACAGUUUAAGUUUUUGUCAGGACAAUUUAAAGACAGUGAGUUUUAUAUUUGGACGAGGACCCUGUGAACCAGGAGCAACCACCUACCUAGUUAUACAAGUUAUAUGCUUCACAAUAUGGACAAACACCCUGAACCUGAAGAGCAGGCUGAAAAUAUUCCACCUGAAGCCAAAACCUCAAAGUUGAAAUUCCAGUCUACUGAUGUUGGGCAACAUUUCAGGGAAGAAAACGGGCCCCCACCGAAAACGUGUGCCUGUUCUACCCCAGCUACCGGUGAAAGCAAGUCUCGGUUAUCUGGCGUUCUCUCCACUCUAUCGCCCAUUUUUAGGUACUUUAAUAUUGAAAAUAAGCAAUCGCCUCCUCAGUCUGUCAAAUGUGCUCCAUCUUCAAGCUGCCUAAAGUCAGCGGGAAAGUCUGCACAUCACCACAACCUCAAUUUUUCCACUCUUCACUCUGGGACUCCGUUAGCAGCCACCCAUCGGCCUUACUGUUUGCUGGAUUAUGAAUGCUUGCCAGAAAUGACUCUGCUUGAUGAUACCAACAAUACAACGAUGCAACUCACCACAGAUGAUUCUGCUUAUCAUCGGAGUGGGCCUCCUGCAGCAAAGCCUAAUGCCAUCAUGUGUGGGGAAAAAAUCAAUACAAGCUCCCCUGUGUGCCCUCCUCAACCACCAGAAACACAAAAACUCAAGAGUAUUAAGCUGUCUGAGAUGAAACAUUCAUCUGUGUGGAAUCAGCUGCUUGACGGAAACUUGCCAGAAAUUACAUUUCUUGAUGAUUCAAGUUACUUGGAGACGACGGCAGGUGUGCAGACAGCCAGCGAUGGCAUGGUGCAGGACAUAAUGCAGGAUUUGGCACUGGACAAGACGCAGGAUAUGGUAAAAAACGAGACGCAAGACAUGGUGCAAGAUAUGGCGCAGGAUAUAGAAAGCAACAAGACACAGGAUUUGGUUAUAUACAAAACACAGGACAUGGUACAAGAUAUAGCACAGGACAAGACACAGGACGUGGUACAAGAUAUAGCACAGGACGUGGUACAGGAUAUAUCACAGGACAAGACGCAGGACGUUGUACAGGACAAGACGCAAGACAUGGUACAGGAUAUAGCACAGGACAAGACGCAGGACAUGGUACAGGAUAUAGCACAGGACAAGACGCAGGACAUGGUACAGGAUAUAGCACAGGACAAGACGCAGGACAUGGUACAGGAUAUAGCACAGGACAAGACGCAGGACAUGGUACAGGAUAUAGCACAGGACAAGACGCAGGAUUUGGAAAAGAACAUGACGCGUGACAUGGUGCAAAAUUUGACACAAAACAUGACGCAGGACAUGGUGCAGGUUUUAGCGCAGGAUAAGACGCAGGACAUGGUGCCAGUUUUAGCGCAGGAUAAGACGCAGGACAUGGUGCCGGUUUUGGCGCAUGACAUGGCGCAGGAUUUAGCGCAGAACAAGACGCAGGAUUUGGAAAAGAACAUGACGCAAGACAUGGUGCAAAAUUUGACACAAAACAUGACGCAGGACAUGGUGCAGGUUUUAGCGCAGGAUAAGACGCAGGACAUGGUGCCAGUUUUAGCGCAGGAUAAGACGCAGGACAUGGUGCCGGUUUUGGUGCAGGACAUGGUGCCGGUUUUGGUGCAGGACAUGGUGCAGGUUUUAGCACAGAACAAGACGCAGGAUUUGGAAAAGAACAUGACGCAAGACAUGGUGCAAAAUUUGACACAAAACAUGAUGCAGGAUAUGGCACAGGACGCGAUAGACCACGUGACGCAGCCUGCGUCGGACCCCAGUGCAGAAACCGCACCCAAGUUUGACACAGUGGACAUCCUCACAAACAGGGACUUGUCGAGUGCGAGUGUGGUCACAAUCAAAACUUCCUUCGAAGUAACUCCUAAUGUCACAAUAAAUAGUACUUUGAAAAACAACCGAUCUUUAGAGCCCAACUUGCAGAACACGGUAAAACCUCAAGUGUCUGUGGACAGCGGUCCUGCAAGCCGCCAGAAUGACACGUUUGAGUGCAAACAUGUCUCCGGUCAAAACGGCAUAGUAACUUUGUCUGAGAUUAGUCUCAAGGAAACUCCCGGAAGCUCUUUGGACCAACCUAAAUUAUGUAAUGCAACCACAAACCUUAACCAUGGUGCUUCUGAUGUCCUCAAUCCUGAGCUGACAGAACAAAACAAGACACCAGAUUCUGCAGAAACGAGGCCCAAGAUGGUUGAAAAUCCUGAAGGUACAUUUGAAACCCCUCCAGCUUUAGAGUUGCUUUCUGGAGGUGACGGAUGUCAGAGAGAAGAUCCCUCACAGCCAGGGCUGCACGAGACGAUGGAACUGUCUGACAGCUCAAUCAUUUCAAGCAUGGACACCAACAACGCAAACGCUUUAAUUUUGGAUAAGACUCUGGAUUCAUUGCCAAACCCCAGGACUUCUUCCACCCCAAUGACCAACCUCAAACUGUUCAACCUGAAAACUCACAAAGAUGAGGGCCAAGUCCCGGCAGCGCAGAAGAAACUGUACCAAGAUGGUCUGAGUAAGCCUGCAGACCAGGUGCCCUCAGAAAUCCCAUCAAACAUUGUUGCUGACCGCAAAACAUUCUUGUCCCAGACUGGUUCUAAAUUGCUUUGGCCUCCUUCAAAGGAGAAACAUCCUCAAACAUCCCAGCUGCCAAAGAUCUCCAAUUUGGGUGUAAAAUCCACAAUCCCAAGGAAACAGGAACCUUUGCAAUCCAACCUGCCAAUAAAACGACAACGGUUCCAAGAUGCUGUGAGAAAGCCUGCUCCACCUGAAGGCCCACAAGGGAUCACAGAGAAGCAAAGCCCUUCCAGCUCGUCUACCAGAACUGCAGUUUUCAAGCUGCCAGCUUCUGGCAUUCAACGACCCCAAAUGAGCAAAAUGGCCGCGCUCAGCAAACCAGCAUCCGCUCUCAAAAGACUGCCCACAAGGAGCAACUCACAAGUAUUGGCAAGGGCUGACAAACCUUGUGAAAGUAAAGCUUUAAAAACUAUGACAAACAAUUUAGAAGAAAGGAAACGCCGAUUAACCAAGGGAGAAGCUCUACCUUUGUCCAAAAAGCAGAACAUUGACGCAGUGAAACAGCUGUCAUCAACUGAAGCAAACAGCAGAAUCCUGAACCAGCCUGCAGUCAGGCAGAGAUCUUUGCUCACUAAAGCCCAGAAACAUGGUUGUGCCAACUGCAGUGCCCUCGAGGAGCAGCUCAAACUCAAAACACAAGAAAUCGAAAGACUUCAAGAAGAGCUCCUCAAGUACACAAGGAAAACCUAAAGAUCCAUUUUGACUGGAAAUGAGAUGACGUGAUGAUAUGCAACAAAAUAUUUAAACUUUUCUCUGACUUUUAUUAUAAAUCUAUUAAUCCAUCCUCCUUUACUUUUAUUAGUCUGUUUAUAUUUGAGAUGUACAACACAAAUAAAAACUUUUAAAAUCAA